GCCGCCACACCGGCAUCUCCUUGUUGUCUUCGAAAUAUUUUUUCAGUAAGAAAAGUGAUUUGGUGGCAGACUUGCGCGCCCAUGUCAUGUACGUAUGGGCCUAUAUCUUGGGCGCACUUCUUCUGCACAUCAUAUCUCAGCAUGUACUGUAACGCAGUAUAAAACUACCUGUCACGAAGCAUAUGUUUGUACACAAACAACUCCCAAUCGUCUGGUAUAUGGCCAGCCACUUUUUCGUUCUCGCCAUUUAUUGACAAUCGCGACCAAUACUAUUCAUAUUUAUCCGAUUGACUUUCUUUGAAGGGGUCAUCAUGGAAUGGAGAAAUUUGUUAACCUCUUCAAAAUCUGGCAAAGAAUGAUGAAUCAAACUGAAGAGCUUGAAAGUAUUCUCGAUUUCCAGAAUGCAACCAGCGGUAGUGUGAAGGCCAUCAAAAUCAAUGUAUUUAUUAUGUUUGCUCAUUUUAUCUGUUGCGUCAACGUGUUUAUAGCCAGCGUCAUCGUUUCCAUGCGGAGACUGCGGAGCAAACCGCGCAACAUCUUACUCCUUGGGCUCAUACUCUCCGAUCUCUCAGCGUUCGUGCCGGUGCUUAUAGAAUUCGCUUAUUUGCAUUUCCCAAGUCUAGAGCUCUGUCAAACCUACGUCGCCAUCUCCGGCUUGCCGUACAUCCUAUUCUUGAUCCAUACGCUUUUAGCUUUGGUUGACAGGUACACUGCUAUAGCGCAUCCACUUUGGCAUUUCAAUCAAGUCACGCCCGUUUUAAUCGUCCGUUGUCAGCUCGUAGCCUCGUUAACCGCUUCUUUCGUCUACAAAUUCCCUUACGUCGUUCAGUUUUUACCGCUCAGCUGCGAAUUGCAAUUGCUCCAAGAGUCCAACUCCAUCGCGUUUACGUUGAUGAUUUUGUUUUCUAGCUGCAUCCUGGCCCACGUCAUCGUCUACCGACAGACGAAGAGAGUCCUUGCCAAUUACGUACCAAAAGGGUGGAAGCGAGAGACUUUCACGAGUUCCAAGAAUGAAAAGCGAGCAGCAGUCGUCACGCGUUCCGAAGGUGUCCAAUCUCUCCAACAGCAGCCAUUGCCGAUUUUCCAGCAGCCUCUUUCUUCGAUGAAUAGCGAAGUUACGCAGCAGCAGCAGGUGCCAGUUGACGAGAUGGGCAUUCACAUAUCCGAUCGCCGAGUCAGCCAGUUGGAAGUGGAGGCGACUCGGACGAUGAUAGUCAACGUGACGUCCCUUUCCAUUAUGACAGGUCCCUUUAUAUUGUUCACCUUGACCGUCUUCCUCUGCCGAUUUAGCGGCGAGGAACAAGUCUGCAGUUCUCUUGCGUGGCUGGCUCCCUAUUUGAAAGAAUUGGUAGUUUUACACGCCGUUUAUCAUCCAGCAAUUCAAUUAUCCCGCAGUUCGGAACUCUCGUCAGCUAUGAAGCAGUGGCUCAAUGGGUAACGACCUCCAGUGGUUUCUAUUACCCAACAGCAAGUCCCAAAACCCUUCGAUAUUGCGCUUACCUAUGAAAACCGCUUUAACAAUUGUUAUUCUCAUGUCUUUAGCACGUAUUCGAUGUUUAUCAAUAGCGGACUGGAAUUGUUCAGGAAGCGUGGCUAUAUUAUCGCCAGUAUGUGAUAAAGUGACGGCAUUGCUAUAUUUGUUCCAUAUUGUUCAAUGUAAACUUGAAGCUUAAAGAAUAACAAAUUUCAGAAUUUGAAAUGUUAAACCUUUUUAUAGUUUCUGCUGAUUUGUUUACACAGCGUCACAAUGGAGCAAAACUAGAUGUUAAGUCGGGAUUCUGUUUAUAGAAUAAUUCCUCUCGACAUGCUUUUCAUUCUCACACCACAUCACCUGGAAUUUCUCACGGUGUAAACUUCGAGAACACGUUUCCUUUUACGUCUCUAAUAUCACCUUUUCUUAUGUGCCAUUCAAACUUUCUCCAACUGUGUAAUCUUCUUUUCCUCUGUCAGCAGACCAUUUUAUAAAUCGAUCGACUUCGGCGACUCAGAAAGCCUCUUAUCAACUUCAAUUUAAGAUUAUUAUUUUGACGGU